AUGUCUACAGGUGUUUAUCAACCAUACAUAUUUGUAAAAAAAGAUAACAAAUCAUUCUUAAAUGAACCUGUCGCAUCAGAUUCUGAUAAAGGAGUAUUUGUAGUUCUUGAUCAUCUUAUGGGUUCACGUCGAAAAUGGACAGGUAUUAAUAAUCGUUUACUUCCAAGUGAUGAAACAGGAAGAAUACCAGGUAUGGGUACUGCUGGUGUGGCAAAAGAAGAAUUACGUGUCAAAAGAUUUAUGGAAAGUUGUACAUUCAAAGCAAUUAUUAGUUGUGCUGGAGGUUUUGUAUUGGGUAUUGGUCUUGGUGUAUUUACAGCAAGUAUUGAUCCAAUGUCAACAAUUCAUACAACAACACCAGGUGCAUCACCGACUAUAAAAGAUGUUUGGCGUGAAAUGCGUGCUAGAUCAAUGAGUUAUGCAAAAAAUUUUGCAGUUGUUGGCUUAGUAUUUAGUACAGUUGAAUGCAAUAUUGAAUCUUAUCGAGCUAAAUCUGAUAUUCGAAAUGGUACGUAUGCUGGUUUUGUUACAGGUGGUUUAUUAGGAUUUCGCGCUGGUCUUCAAGCAGGUCUUUUUGGUGCUAUUGCACGAAAAAAAAUUAUUACAAAUGUAUUGUAUUUUAUUGGAACACUUGUAUUUGUUUCAUUUAGUUAUAAUACAGCUAAUCAGCUUUCGAAAUUUCCAAUUGGAACUCAAUCAAAAUUUUCAAAAUCUUACCAAAAUGUUACUCAAAUAUCAAAUAAUUCAAUUGAUUAUGAAAAACGAAUACAAUCUUUAAAUAAUCAAUGUGAUAAUAGAAGUCAUUUAUUUACUAAUCUAAUUCAUCAAAAUAAAAUCUUAAAUCAUCUUGGAUUUGUUCUUCGAUCUCAUUCAUUAUUUUAUUGUUCAGUACCUAAAGUAGCUACACGAACAUUACUAACAUAUAUGACAUAUCUUCAUAUACGUGAUGAAAUCAUGCCUUCAUUAGCAAAUAAAUCUGCAAUAUCUUUCAAAGCUGAUUAUCUCAAUCAAAUGCUUUCAUCUGCAAUAAAGAAUGAUUCAAUGUCACUUCUUUCAUUAUUUCUAUCACAUUUGACAAUGACAACUAAUAAAUCGAAUUCAACUCAACUUGAUCUUUGGUCAAUGUAUCAAAAAACAGCAUUACCUUAUGUUCGUCCACGUACAUUGUCUGAUUCUUCAAUACUUUUUUCAAAAUCAUUUACACGUAUUAUAUUUGUUCGUCAUCCAUUCGAACGUUUAGCAUCAGCUUAUGUCGAUAAAAUAGCAACAUUAAGUUCUGAACCAUUUUCAAUAUAUGAUAAUCUUCGUCGUAAAAUUUGUCGAAAAUCUCCGUUUUUUUAUUUAACAUCAAACGAACAAAAUUAUUAUCGUACGUUUAGAAUGGUUCACAAUCAAAGAAAUGAACCAUGCGAUAAAAUUAUACCAACAUUUGAACAUUUUGUUACUUAUAUAAUGUUUGAUUCAUCACAAGUCGAUGUUCAUUGGCAACCAUAUUCAACUUUAUGUCAUGCAUGCACAAUGAAAUAUAAUUUUAUUGGUAAAUAUGAAACAAUUCAAGAAGAUCUUGAUUUACUCCGAGUACAACUUGGUUUAAAUACAACUAAUUGGAAUAUAAAAAAUAAUUUUUCAACUGGUAAAACAAAAGAAAAUUAUAAAUUAUUGUAUUCAAAAUUACCAAAUCAUUUAAUAUGUAAUUUAAAACAUUUUUAUCAAGAAGAUUUUAAAUUAUUUAAUUAUCAAGUAGAAGAUUAUUUGAUAGACAAUCAAAAAGUACAAUGUUCUUCACAAUCUUAUCGACGUUUUACAAUAUGA